GUGGAGUCGGUAUUCAGGCAGAUGAUCUCUCUGGCUCUGCUUUUGUGAGCGCUAGGCUAGCUUGUAAACAAGAGCAAAAACCCCCGGCCGAGUCUCGGAGAAAUUUCAUGACUGAACACGCGGGUGUUUUUUUGGUUACUCACAGCUGCCGUGUACGCCGGUAUUCUUUUCUUUCCGUUUCCACUACAUGUCUUUGCUUUCGACUCUGCAACAUACUGAGACGCUGAUGCUGCCCAAAUGAGCUAACCUCUCAACUGUCUUCAAAGAUAAAAGCAACAUUUUCACUUAGACCUAAGUUUGCUCCUGGCGGCGGAUGUCUCGUCGCCUCUGUCUGAGGUUGGAGGCCAGUUGGAGUCAGGAGGUGGGUCCUAAGCAGCAGCAGUGAUGCGGGCUUCAGUGGCAGGUUGCAGGAUGAGUGUGGGUGCACUUGUUAAUGGGCUGCUGGUGUCUGUGGUCGCAGCUCUCCUUUGGAAAUAUUCCAAGCUGAGCGAGCAUGCUGCUCUGUUGGAGGAAGAGCUGCAUAUGACACAGCAGUCCCAGGAGGUCUCACAGGCCCGUAUCGACUACCAUGUUGCUCUGCAGGCACUUCAGGAACACGGCACCCGCAUGGUCUGCACUGGGAAGAUGCACACUGACCGCAUCUGCCGCUUUGACUACCUCUGUUACUGCUCUGAGGCAGAGGAGUUUGUGUUCUUCCACUCCAAUUCCUCUGUCAUGCUGCCUAACCUGGGGUCCAGACGUUUCCAACCUGCCCUGCUGGACUUGUCUUCAGUAGAAGAUCACAAUACCCAAUAUUUCAACUUUGUAGAGCUCCCGGCUGCUGCUUUAAAGUUUAUGCCCAAGCCUGUGUUUGUACCAGAUAUAACACUGAUCCUGAAUCGGUUUAAUCCUGAUAACCUCAUGCAUGUAUUCCACGACGACCUCCUCCCAGCCUACUAUACCAUGAAGCAGUAUUCAGAUUUGGAUGACGAGGCUCGUCUUGUGUUCAUGGAGGGCUGGGGCGAAGGCCCACACUUUGACCUUUACCGUCUUCUCAGCAGUAAGCAACCGCUUCUCAAAGAACAGCUUAAGAACUUUGGAAAGCUCAUGUGCUUUACUAAAUCUUAUGUUGGCUUGUCCAAAAUGACUACCUGGUACCAAUAUGGGUUUGUCCAACCACAGGGGCCCAAAGCUAACAUCUUGGUCUCAGGCAAUGAGAUCAGGCAGUUUGCCAGAGCUCUGAUGGACAAAAUGAACAUUACAAGGGUAGAGGAGAUGGAGAAGGAGGGAGGAAGCGCUGAGGAUGAGAAGGAGAAAGAGAAGAAGGAUGACUACAUUGUCGUUUUCAGUCGGUCAACAACAAGACUGAUACUGAAUGAAGCAGAGCUAAUCAUGGCGCUGGCCCAAGAGUUUCAGAUGAGAGUGGUCACAGUGUCCUUGGAAGAGCAGUCUUUUCCCAGUAUUGUAGAGGUCAUCAGCGGCGCUUCCAUGUUGGUCAGCAUGCAUGGAGCUCAGCUUAUUACCUCACUCUUCCUCCCUAGAGGUGCUGCUGUGGUGGAGCUGUUCCCUUUUGCUGUGAACCCAGAGCAGUAUACACCAUAUAAAACUCUUGCCUCCCUUCCAGGCAUGGACCUUCACUACAUCUCCUGGAGGAACACUAAGGAGGAGAAUACUGUCACCCACCCAGACAGAUCCUGGGAACAAGGAGGCAUUGCUCACUUGGACAAAGAGGAGCAGGAUCGGAUCCAGGCAAGCAAGGAAGUCCCCAGGCACCUUUGCUGCCGCAACCCAGAGUGGCUCUUCCGGAUCUAUCAGGACACUUUAGUGGACAUCCCGUCCUUCCUGGAAGUCCUCAAAGAAGGCAUGAAGACCAAGCCCAGCUUAAAAAAGGCCAAGGUGGCCAGCAUGGUCCAUCCGGGCCGGGUCAGAGAACCUAAAUGUCAAACUUCAGUACAAACCACUAAUGAGGCUAAACUCACAGUCUCUUGGCAGAUCCCAUGGAAUUUGAAAUUCCUAAAAGUGAGAGAGGUGAAGUACGAGGUGUGGAUCCAGGAGCAGGGAGAGAACACCUACAUGCCUUAUAUCCUUCCCCAGCAGAACUACACGUUUUCAGAAAACAUUAAGCCCUUCACCACUUACCUGGUGUGGGUUAGGUGCAUCUUCAACAAGAAUCUCUUAGGCCCCUUUGCCGAUGUUCUUACAUGCAGGACCUAGUGUGAGCACGAGGCCUGCUUAUUUGUUUGUGCAGUUUCAUACAAUGGUGAAGUCACUGUUUCAGUCAAUCACUUUGGAAAAGGGGGACUCUGUUGGAUUAUAGUCUGUAAAGUGGCUGUUGCAUGGUGCUGUUUCCAUGCUCAGCCUGGGAUGAACUGCAGAAGACUUGAACCAGGGUCAGAAACGGUCAAUAAUGAAUGAAAAGUUCAUCGCUUUUAUUUAGAAAGAAAGUGCAAAACUAUGUCUCUUCUAAUAAAACUAGAAUUCAGAUCAGAAGAUUUAUUUGUGAAAAAUAAUAUAUAAAAUGUUUUAUGUGUUAGUCAAAACACUGGUUCUUUACCUUUUACAGUAUGCAAUGUAGUUUCUCUGUAAGGAACAAAAGACAUUUUAGAAUACGAUUUUUAAAAAAAUGUUUUUUGACUUGUCUAUUGGUGUGUGUGUGUGUGUGUGUGUGUGUGUGUGUGUGUGUGUGUGUGUGUGUUUUCAGGGUGUCCGUUUGGGGGAAAAAAAAUAUUCAGGCCUGAUAUUUAAGAUUAUAUAAUUUAAUUGCACAGAAAUUUUGAUUCUACUCGUUUUUUACAUAGUUUUAAAUGUAAAGUAGAGCUGGGCGAUAUAAGAUUUUUUCAUAUCACGAUAUGUUUUUUUCAUUUCAGGCGAUAACGAUAUAUAUCACGAUAUAAGCCAA